AUGUCUUCCGUCAAGAGCGACGUGGACGACGAGCAGUACAAGUUGGAGGACGUGGAGGACGAGACACUCAAGACAGAGACAGCGGACAAGCUCGAAACGGACGAUGUCGAGAAGCCGCCUUCCGAGCACGGCGACAAUGAAUCUGUCGCUUCGGAAUCUCAGAGUGUCGAGAGAGUAAUCGAGUACGGGCUCCUGCCAGAGAACGAGAACGAUGGUGGAUUUCAACUCGAUGUCAUUACUGUCCACAGCGUCUCCCAUACCUCCUGGUCGGUUGAAUACAUCACCGGUGUCUGGAAUCCGAACCAGGGCCCUAAACCGAGCUCUUGGUGGCUCAGGAAUCUAUUCAGUAGCAGCCGCGUACUUCAUUAUCACUACAACAUCGAUUGCACCGAUUUGGACGUCCCCCCCGAUGUCUUGACCCCUGGCGGGAUCGAACGCGAGGCGCAAAAGCUUCUCGACGCCGUCACGAGGAACUGGGCAGACAACCCUCCAAGAAAAAACCCACGGCCAAUUGUGUUUGUCGGCCACGAUGUCGGAGGAACCAUCAUCAAGAAGCGUAUCAACGCCGAGUUCCUCGACACAAAGGCGUUUCUACGUGCUGUAAUGAUAAACAUUAUCGGCGAAGAACUUAAAAGGUCCCCCAGCUACACCCGGAUUAUUCUGCCCACCCCUUUCCGGGUGUCUUCAUGUGCGACUGAGGUCCUCUACGAGGAGUGCCUCGUAUGGGACACUCCGCAUCCACGAUUGAUCAAUGGCGAUAACUUCAAGGCGUGUCAUGCAGAGUUCUCCAAUGUCUUCGGCACUCACAUAGGCCAACAUCCAUUCACCAUUGAACCCGGACCUCAAGAUACGCCCAUACACAAGGUUCUCAUUCCAAAGUCUCCGCCGACGGUUCCUUGGAAGUUGGACGAAUUCACCUGGUUCGCGCGUGAGGUGAAUCACUGGAUUGUAGGCCAUGAAGAGUACCGGAAGUGGCAGAAUUCUUCCGGUCUGGGGAUCCUGCAUUUCCGCUGUCCCGAGGGGCUCACCAGGAUGUUGUCGCACAGGUUCUACGGCCGCAUAAAAAACCCAAAAGAAAGCACCUUGUUCCACAUCUUCUCACGGCGGGACGACAGAUGCAACAGCCUUGAGAGCCUCUUCGCAAAUCUAGACUGUCAAUUGGUAGGACGCUACCCAUUGUACUACAGAUACUCUUUCUGCUGGGCCGUGUUGGUCUCACAGAAGGCGUGUACAACUCAAGACCUUGCUCAACUCUUUUCGUCCUACAGCCGCGCCGUACAUCUCAAAGAGGCCAUCUACUUCGUCUCCUGUCUCGACGAAUGCGACGAGACACGGUACAAGCUGGUUGAGUUUCUCAGCGAGAUCAGAAAACACUCAGAGCAGCCCCUCAGGUUCGUGGUGACCACCACGAAAGGCCGCGAUGAGCGCCUCGAAUCUCAACUCGCCUCCUUCCCUACCAUCGACGCUGGGGAGUACCUGGCGCGUCCCGAAGAACAAGCCGCAUUCACGAAAGAAAUGAAGAAGAUGGUUGAAACCCAGAUCGAGCGGCUUCUGCGUCUCAGACCUGCAUUCCUUCAGUUCAAAGAUCGCAUCCACGAGGUGCUCGCAACUUGCGGCCAAGACCUUCAACUGGCCUGCUUUGUGACCCGGUGGUUGGCCGAAAACACUUCGAUCCACAACAACCGAUCCUUUGUCCGAAGGAUUUUGGACAGACUCACGCCUCUGACUACAGAAACGUUCAUCACUGCUAUCCUGGAAUCCUUCGGGGACCGCGCCGCCAGAGUUCGCAAGAUGAUUUUCUGGAUCAAGCUUGCCUUUGAAAAGCCGACUUUGCGGGAAGUUGGAGAGGCCCUGUAUAUCUCUGCCGACAUGAAGGACCCAGACGUGGAAGGGCUCGAAGACAUUGAUUACGACGAGCUCAGCAACGAUAUACUCCAAUUUGGUGGGCUCAUCACCUUUGAUGGGCACGAAGUUGAUCUAUUCCGCCCCGAAAGCUUCCCGUCUAACGACGCUGCGAUCGCGCAUGCGGAGAUGGCUUCGAUAUGUCUAGACUAUCUUGUCCUUCCAGAGGUCUGGGAGAAUCUGGAGGACAUGAUAGAGAAGAAUGCGUUGCUCGACGAGGCGCCCGUGUCGCGACCACGCCACAACCUAGUUUCCUACGCCGCAAAAUACUGGACGAAGCAUUACAAGCUAGCUGGAGAACAUCGGCCCAAGGCACAGGCGCUCAAGCUAUUCGAAUACCCCAAGGCCCGCAAUCUGUGGGCGCAGGCUGUCUACGUCUUAUCAGAUCCUUUGUCCCGGAUACCCAAGGGAUACAUCUCGGCUCUACCUGUCGUCUCCAGUACAGGCAUGGGAGAAUUCGUCAAUCAUCAGCUCGAAGCAGAACGGAUCUCGCCUGACUUUAACGCCGACUCAUUUCCAGUUGAUGUCGGCCUGUCGAUUGUUGAGGCGGCUCGCGGCGGCCACGAGGAAGUGGUUCAGCUGCUACUAAAAGCGAGUGUUCCUAAAAACGGUCUCCUCAGCGAGGCACUCGUAGUUGCCGCGGCUUCUGGCAGCGAAACCACGCUCAAUCACUUGGUUGGCGUGGCAGCGAAGAUCAAAGAGUUCGAGUGGCCGCAGGAACUAUUUAGACGAGUGGCGUGGCUGGGCCUCAUGAAAACCGCGAAGCUCCUGCUCGCCUCGGACGUUCCUCUGCCUCCAUUCGAGUGCGAUGGCCUAGAGACGUCGCUGGUGCACAUGGCGCUCGAGGGAAACCACCCAGAAGUGGCCAAGCUGCUGAUUGAUGCCAAUGCUGACCUCGAAGCUACCGCGAAUGACGGACAGAGGCCUAUUCACUUCGCAGUUUACCAGGGAGAAGUGGACGUUAUUCAGUCGCUGCUGGCUGCCGGCGUCGAUGCGAACGCCUUAGACACCCGAGGAAAUUCACCUCUACAGUUAGCCGCGUUUGGCGCAAACCCGCAGGCGAUCAAGGUUCUCCUUGAGGCCGGCGCUGACGCUAAUAUCGGUCAAGACACCAGUUGGGUUGGCAACCUAGAAUGGUCAUGGGACGCCAGGCCUCUGCUAUAUGCAAUCAUCAGCGGUUACACCGAGUGCGCGAGGGUUCUACUGGAACACGAUGUCGAUGUCAACGUCAAGCUGGACGGGAAGAAUGCCUUGUGGUACGCCGCUUCAAGGGGAGAUAUCGAACUUUGCCGUCAACUCCUGGAGCAUAGAGCGAAUCCGAACGAAACCACGAAAAACUCGGAGCCUCUGCUCAUUGCGGCCGUGUCGUUCUCAAUACCGCCAGGCAAAAUCAUCGAGCUUCUGGAGCUGUUCAUUGAGUACAAGGUCGACCUCGAGGUUCGAGAUGAGUCACAGACAUGGCGCAACAAUGUGCUUUCAAGGGCCGUCGGUACGGACAACAAAGACUUGGUCGAGUUCUUACUGGAGCACGGCUUGCCGACAAACAUGGGCGCCGAGACUUCACAAACCCCUCUUUACGUCGCAGCAUACGUGCGCAAUGCUGAUUUCGUGAGGCUGCUGCUGGACCACGAGGCCGACCCCAACUUGAAGAGCGAGUGGGACUGGACUCCGUUGCACGCUGCCUACGACAACGCAGAGAUCACGGAGCUUCUUUUGAAGGCCGGCGCCGACGUUGAUGCGGUGUGCGACUCAGGCACGGCAGCGUAUCUGGCGGCCAAGCACAACCGGAUGGACGUGCUCCAGCUGCUCCUGGAUCACACCACGAAGCCAAACCUCGAGAUCGAGACACCUGUCCUGUCGGACGGCGCUCAGUCGGGUGUUGGGCGACCCGAUCCCGAAGAAAGGGGCAUGACGCCACUUUGCAUUGCUUGCCAAAAGGGCAGCGCCGAUUGCAUCGAGCUACUCCUCGGCGCCGGGGCCGAAGUAAACCACCGAACCAAGGACGGAAGCUUCCCGCUAAUGUUCUGCAUAAGAUCCACCUCUACCUGGUUGGCAGUCUCUUCAAUAGAGCUGCUGCUCAAACACGAGUCGGAGCCGAACCUGAAGCUCACCGACAACAACGGUAACACCAUCUUGCACAACCUGGGCACGCACACGGAUGACAGAACCAUGGAACUGCUUUUCAGGCUCGGUGCCGAGGUUGAUGUGAAGAAUUUGCAAGGAGAGACUCCGCUGCUGAUAGCCGUGCUUUGCGAAAACAUAGACGCAUUCAAGGCCCUCCGGAGGCGGGGCGCAGAUGUCAAGGUGUGCUCGCCAACUAAGGGCACCCUACUUCACGUGGCCGCUCGGACUGGCCGAUGGGAUCUCUUUGAGGAGGUCCAGGCCGCGGGGUGCGACGUGGGCGUCGCUCGCUCUCUCGGGUUCAAGGAGACCUUGCUUUACUCGCUCGCGAGCAGCAACUCGAACGGGCCCGAUCAACGUCAGAUUGCCGAAUAUCUCAUUCAGGAGGCCAAGGAGGAUCCCGACGAAGAAUCCCCCCGCACCGCCUUUGGCUUCCCUAUACUCGCCGGCCUUUUAUCGCCUGCAAAGGUAGUGACGGACUAUCUCAUUGAAAAAGGAGCCAAGUUGAACGUGAAGGAUGCUAUGGGUCGGACCCCACUGCAUAUCGCGGCGAUGGAGUAUCCAGGCGACGGCACUGUCGAGACGCUGCUCAGGAAGGGAGCCGACGUGACCGCGCCCACAAAGGUCGGCUUGUUGCCGGUGCACUUUGCGGCGGCGCACCCCUGGUCGAGCACGCCGUUGGUACAGUUGCUAAGGCACAUUGAGGGUCCGGGGAGUGACCUCGACGGCGCGAAGCACGGAGAAGACGACACGGAAUCGGUGGGCCAUAGGAGUGAUGACAGAGAUGAAACCAGGGUGACGCCGUUCGAGAGACGUGAGCCACCAGCUCAGACGACCGCACGAGACGGCGAAGGGACCUCUGACGAGAAGCUGAAAAAUGAGAAGCCCCCGUUCGAUAUUGAGGCCAAGGACAAGGACGGCUGGACGCCACUCAUGUGGUCUGCUAAAGGCAACUACAACAAUUUCGACGUCCCGAAAGCUCUCCUGGAGCGCGGCGCCAGCCUUUGGACGAUGGCCGAGGGGCCCGCUCAGCGAUGGUCGCCGCUGAAGAUAUCACGAUAUUAUGGGGCCACGGAUGACAUGAUUGAGCUGCUGACGCCAAAGGAGAAGACGCGGACGCUCCCCGACGGCACGACGGAGGAAUGGAGGGACCAAGAUCACAAGGAGAGGGCGGGUAACUAUCAGCCCGCUUGGAAUUGCGGUCACUGUCUAAUGGCAAUUCUCGGCAAGCGGUACAGGUGUCACGAAUGCGAGGCGGAUAGCUUCAAUAUGUGCUACAAGUGCGUCGCAAGCAAAGAUGUGUUGCAUCCUAACCACGAGUUCGAGGCGUUGGGGCCCGAGUAUGAGGUCGGUGCGGGUGAUUCGACAGAAGAGCAGAAGCCCGACGAUGCUGGAAAUAAGGACCAGUUGGAUGAAACUGGGGAAGGGGAUGAUGAUGAUGAGGUCUCCGACAUUGAGGAUGAUAACGAGAUAGAUAGCGAUAGUGAUGACGACUGA